UCCAACACCAUUAAUUUUUUUGCCUUACAACCAAAAUCCUUUACACAAAACACACACACACACACUCAUUUGCAGUUCAUCAAUAACUGGAAUUCAAUUUUCAUCUCACUCAAAAUCUGUAAUCCUCAAUAUUUUUCUUACAUAAAAUGGCCUCCUUAAUCCAUUUAAAUAAUCUUCAUACACACCUUCCAAGAAACCAUCACCUAAUUAUUAUUCAAAAAAAAAGAAAAAAAAAUAUUAUAUAUAAAUGGCUACUUUUGGUGGAAAGAAAAUUUUUAUCGGGGGCAGUAAUAAUGGUGGCACUGCCCCCGAUAAUAAUAAUUAUUCAGGCCGUCAUCCCGUUUAUCGAGGUAUAAGGAGAAGGAAAAGUAGUGGGAAAUGGGUGUCAGAAAUUCGCGAGCCAAAAUCCCCCAAUAGGAUUUGGCUCGGCACGUUUCCCACUGCCGAAAUGGCGGCAGUGGCAUAUGACGUGGCGGCUAUCGCGCUGAAAGGUCGUGACGCGGAUCUCAACUUCCCGAAUUCGGCUGCCUCCUUGCCUGUUCCUGCCACGACCUCUGCUCGUGACAUACAGACAGCUGCAGCCGCGGCGGCUGCAGCUGUUGGGGCAGCGACUGACGCUUUGUUAGCCGCGACCGCACGUAAAGAAGCAGUUAAUGAAAAGGGUAAAAUGGAGAACAUGGAGAAUGAGAGUAAUUAUUAUGAGUUUAUGGAUGAGGAUUUAAUAUUUGAUAUGCCAAAUGUUCUUAUUAAUAUGGCUGAAGGAAUGUUACUUAGUCCACCAAGGUUCAAUAUGCAUGAUGAUGAUCAUAAUACUAUUGCCUACCAAAACUUGUGGAAUUAUACCUAAUAUAAUUUGCUAUAUCUACAAGCAACAAUGAAGCAAAAAGAAAAAAAAAAAAAGAAGUUUAAAAUAAUGUUGACCAUAAAUAAGUUGCAUAUGUAAAUUAUAAUACGAGUGUGUUUGCAUGUUGUUCUUUACUUUUUUUUUUUUAUUUCCGUCUGGUGUUUGGUAUUCGUAUUGAAGCUCGACUAAAUUUGGAUUCACGCGUUGAUGGGCCCAUUUCUAGGGGCAACAUUUUCAACAGGAUUGUUUCCAUUAUGAAGGCUCGAAACUGAGAUCUUUAGUUAACGAUGGAGGGAUCCCAACCAUCGCACCUCAACUCAGGUUGUUCUUUUAUUGUUUGUAAAGGGUUUUGAUUAUGUUUUUUUUUUUUUAAUAAGAAGUACUGCAUUAUAUAUCAUUGAAAUUUUAGUUCAAAGGAAGCAAUUACUU